UCCUCUCUGCCCGUCGUCGGUUCCUCCUGCGUUGACUCUAGAGCCGUCGGUUUCCUCUCGCUGGGCGACCAUGGCAACCGCGGUGGCGGCGGCGGCGGCGCCGAGGCACAGCUGCGCGAAGCUCUCGGUGGCGGUGGAGGACCCCAAGGCGCCGGGCGGCGGCGGCAUAUUCGUGAAGGCCACGUGGCUCCCCACCCGCUUCUCCCUCGCCGUCACCGACGGCGCCGGCGCCUGGGUCGCCGACGCCUCCGACGCCGAGGUGCGCCUCCGGGCCGAGCAGUGGGACCAGCCCGUCUCCGAGUACCUCGCCCUCGCCGAGCGCUACCUCGCCUUCCACCAGCCCUCCUCCACCUACUCCUUCCACGAGGCUGGCGCCGGCCGCAGGUUGUCAUGGACAUUUGAAAAGCAAGGUACCAAGCUGGAAUGGCGUUGGAAACUGCAGCCGGCACCCCACCCACAACAGACUAUAGCUGAGGUCUUGGAUUUUCUUAUGGAUGCAAAUAUACGCUUGAGUGAAGAGGUUGUCAGGAAGACACAAUCAUUUGAGAAGGUCAAACAGGAAGCUGAGAAUUGCUUGCAACAGAGUGAACGAUUCAACAACGAGAAGGCUGAGUUUGAGCAAGCCUCCUUUACAAAGUUUGUGGCCGUUCUGAACUCGAAGAAGGCCAAGCUGAGACAGCUCAAGGACAGGAUCGCGGCGCUCGAAUCCGCCGACAAGGCCCCGAAGGAGGAGGAGCAGCAGGAGGAGGAGGGCCACUCGACCGACAGGACAGAGCCCAUCGAGGACGCGAGCGAUAAGGACCAAAGCGUGAACGACGAGCCCUCGGAGACGGGCAGCGGCGGCGACCCCCACAGCUCCCCCGAGAAGCCCGCCGCCGCCGCCGCCGCCGCCACCUCCAGGGGCCGGAGGGGGCGCAAGAGGGCGAGGAAGUGAGUGACCCAGACGAAGCAAAGCUAAGCCGCCGGAUGUCAGACGUGUCAUUUCUUUUCGUCGAGUGUCUUUGUCAAAUGAUCUUCACGUGUUUCGUGCUUUGCUAGAGGAUGAUGAGCGCCGAAUUUAAUUAUUUGUGAUGAUGAUCCGAUGGCGGCGGCGGUUGUAUAGUUGUUUUAGUGCCACUAGCUCGUAGUUAAUGGGGGAGCAGAUGCAUUUAUCCA